CAAAAUCGAAAUCCUCCCCCUUGGCUCAACUGCUCCCCCCCUCUCGUCUUCUUCCUCCCACCACCUCCCUCCCAAACCCUAACCCUAGCUCUCCCCCCGGGCGCCGGCAGCCAUGGCGCUCACCACCCGCGGCGGCGCGGGCGGCGACAAGGCGCCGCCUCCGUCCGCCGCCGACCCGAGCCUCGGGUUCCUCACCAAGCGCGACACGGAGGUGAAGCUGCCCCGGGCCACGCGGGUGAAGAACAAGACCCCAGCCUCGGUCCAGAUCACCGCGGAGCAGAUCCUCCGCGAGGCCCGGGAGCGGCAGGAGCCCGAGAUCCGCCCGCCCAAGCAGAAGAUCACCGACUCCAUCGAGCUGUCCGAGUACCGCCUCCGCCGCCGCAAGGAGUUCGAGGAUGUCAUCCGCCGCGUCCGGUGGAACGUCAACGCCUGGGUCAAGUACGCCAAGUGGGAGGAGCAGCAGCGGGACUUCGCCCGCGCGCGCUCCGUCUACGAGCGCGCCCUCGAUGUCGCCCACCGCGACCACACGCUCUGGCUCAAGUACGCCGAGUUCGAGAUGAGGAACAGGUUCGUCAACCAUGCGCGCAAUGUCUGGGACCGCGCCGUUUCUCUCCUACCCCGCGUCGACCAACUGUGGUACAAGUACAUCCACAUGGAGGAGCUGCUCGGCGCUGUGGCCAAUGCCCGCCAGGUGUUCGAGCGAUGGAUGGCAUGGCGCCCUGACACGGCUGGGUGGAAUUCAUACAUUAAGUUUGAGCUUCGCUAUGGGGAAGUUGAGCGCGCGAGAGCGAUUUAUGAACGGUUUGUGGCCGAACACCCACGACCAGAUACGUUCAUCAGGUAUGCAAAAUUUGAAAUGAAGCGGGGAGAGGUGGAGAGGGCACGGCGGGUGUAUGAGCGUGCAGCUGACCUGCUUGCAGAUGAUGAGGAUGCUGAGGUUCUGUUUGUAGCCUUUGCUGAGUUUGAGGAAAGGUGCCGGGAGGUUGAACGUGCCAGGGCCAUCUACAAGUAUGCACUUGAUAGGGUGCCCAAAGGCCGGGCUGAGGAGCUGUACAGGAAGUUCCUUGCAUUUGAAAAGCAAUUUGGUGACCGUGAAGGAAUUGAGGAUGCCAUCGUGGGCAAGAGGAGAUUCCAGUAUGAGGACGAGGUGAGGAAGAACCCCCUCAAUUAUGAUUCAUGGUUUGAUUACAUCAGGCUGGAGGAGAGUGUUGGGAACAAGGAUAGGAUCAGGGAGGUGUACGAGAGAGCCAUUGCUAAUAUCCCCCCUGCAGAGGAGAAGCGUUACUGGCAGCGGUACAUUUACCUCUGGAUAAAUUAUGCUUUGUAUGAGGAGCUUGAUGCAAAAGACAUAGAACGGACCAGGGAAGUUUACAGGGAGUGCCUCAAAUUGAUUCCACACAAGAAAUUCACUUCUGCCAAGUUGUGGCUCAUGGCAGCCCAGUUCGAGAUAAGGCAGAAGAAUCUACAAGCUGCACGGCGGAUUCUUGGUAAUGCCAUUGGGAUGGCUCCAAAGGGCAAGAUAUUCAAAAAGUACAUUGAGAUUGAGUUGUAUCUAGGUAAUUUUGACCGUUGUAGGACUCUCUAUGAGAAGUAUAUUGAAUGGUCUCCAGCAAACUGUUAUGCCUGGAGGAAAUAUGCUGAAUUAGAGAAGAACCUUAGUGAGACUGAUCGUGCCAGAUCCAUUUAUGAGCUUGCUAUUGCUCAGCCUGCCCUUGAUACGCCUGAGGUUCUGUGGAAGGAGUAUUUGCAGUUUGAAAUCGAUGAAAAUGAAUUCGACCGAACCCGGGAACUUUAUGAGAGAUUGCUUGAUAGAACAAAGCAUUUGAAGGUAUGGAUUAGCUACGCGGAGUUUGAGGCCUCGGCUGGUUUGCUUGGGGAAGACAGUGAAAAUGAGGAGGUCAAGAAUGAUGCUAACUAUCAGGAACAGCAGUUGGAACGGGUUCGAAGGUGCCGAGCUGUCUUCGAAAGGGCAUUUGAUUAUUUCAGAACUAGUGCUCCAGAGUUGAAGGAGGAAAGAGCAAUGCUCCUUGAAGAAUGGCUUAAAAAGGAAGUGAGCUUUGGUGACCUUGGUGAUGUUACCUUAGUACAGAAAAAGGCGCCAAGGAAAGUGAAGAGAAAGAGACCAAUUCCUACAGAGGAUGGCUCCACUGUUGCGUACGAGGAAUUCAUUGAUUAUAUUUUCCCUGAUGAGGUUGCGCUGGCACCAAACCUCAAGAUCCUUGAAGCAGCCUAUAAGUGGAAGAAACAAAAGACAGGUGAUACUGAUGAUGACUGAUCUAACCAGCAAAGGCUGCCUUGAUGCCACUUAUUCUGUGGUUGGAGAUGAGCUGAUCUUUCACUAAAUCAGAUCUGGAGGACACAAUGCAGGGUAGAGCUAUGAAUGUGCCUUGCCUCUUUACUCAGCUUGUACAAAUAUCAUGUGGUUUGUGGCGUUGGCACUUCAAUGAGUUGCAUUCUUACAUCUGUAUGAUCUGUAUGACUGUAUGCCCAUGUCCAUACUCUGAAUUAAGUUUUGACAUGCACGAUCAUGUUUCUUGCCCAAGAUUUUUGGCUUUAAGGUCUAAAAUAUGAGACGAGUGUUCUUUUUAAUUUCUUUUACAUCAAUAGGGAGGCAACUAUGUAGCAGUCAUAUUGGCCCUAGCAAUUGUGCAUUUUGUGUAAGGAAGCUGUAAGCUGCUUUGUAUAUCAGUCAGAUGGAUCGUGUGGAAACUUAUAUUCGUGCUGAUGGUAUGCAAGUA